AUGGGGGCGCUGGAAACAGGUGUCCGUUUCCCCGGCGCCCCGGGUGCGGUUUCAGAAGCAGCUGUUCGCUUGGAGAGGCUUUUUGUGGGGUCGGGGGAGUGGUUCAGCGGGGAUGCUUCGGGAGACUCGCUGCGGAGGGAAAUUGACCGUGGCCGAGCGGGAUCAGCCCUGGCCUUGGAAGAAUUGUACAAAGAUGAAGUGAAAUGCAAAUCUUCCAAAUCUGAUAGACCAAAAGCUUCAGUCUUUAAAAGCCCACGAACACCACCUCAAAGGUUCUAUUCAAGUGAGCAUGAAUAUGGUGGAUUGCAUCUAGUUCGACCUUCAAGUGGGAAAAUUGUGAAUGAACUUUUCAAAGAGGCAAAGGAGCAUGGGGCUGUCCCUCUGCAUGAAGCCACAAGAGCUUCAGGUGAUGACAAAUCUAAGUCAUUUACAGGUGGAGGAUACCGAUUGGGUAAUUCCAUUUGUAAGCAGUCUGAAUACAUCUAUGGAGAAAAUCAGCUGCAAGAUGUUCAGAUUUUGCUUAAAUUGUGGAGCAAUGGUUUCAGUUUAGAUGACGGAGAGUUGAGACCUUACAAUGACCCAGCAAAUGCUCAGUUUCUGGAGUCUGUUAAAAGAGGAGAAAUUCCCCCGGAGCUUCAGCGACUGGUUCGUGGCGGCCAAGUGGACUUGGAUAUGGAGGACCAUCAGGACCAGGAGUACAUCAAGCCCAGACUGAGGUUCAAGGCUUUUAGUGGAGAAGGACAGAAACUGGGAAGCCUUACACCUGAGAUUGUCAGUACACCUUCCUCCCCAGAAGAGGAGGAUAAGUCAAUACUUAAUGCAGUUGUUCCGAUUGAUGAUUCAGUGCCAACAACAAAAAUUCAGAUCAGGCUGGCAGAUGGGAGUCGUUUGAUACAAAGAUUCAAUAGUACACACAGGAUCCUGGAUAUUCGGGACUUCAUUGUACAGUCCCGCCCUGAAUUUGCAACUCUGGACUUUAUUCUUGUGACUUCAUUUCCAAACAAAGAGCUAACAGAUGAAAGCCUGACACUACAAGAAGCAGGUAUUCUUAACACUGUGAUUCUCCAGCAACUGAAAUAAUACUGCUCCUCUUCAUGCAGUAACACAUAGGAGAGAUAAUGUGCCAUAUUAAUAAAGAAAACUUACGUAUAAAAAUACCAAAUUGUUUUUAUCAUUUAUACAGAUACAUUUUGGUUUUAUUCUUAUGCUGUCCUCCAGUCUUAGUAUAGACGAAUUUGGACUAGGAGUAGGUCUUGAGAUAAAUAUGUUUGAGUUUUUAGUUGUAGGGCUGGUUUAUGUUGGUAACUUUUAAAUAUCCAGACAAACCAAUUUGUUACAUGCUCAGAGUUAAUGUAACAUUAGCUGGCAGAAAAAAUGAAUGAAACCCCAUUUUGAUAAAUUUGAUAAAACUGUAGUAAAGUUUCUUGAUGCUGCCUUGAUCAAGAGCCAUUAAGGAAUCUCCUGAUCAAAUAUUUUGAAAAUGUAUCUGUAAUAUAUACUAAAGAGUAUCUGUAUUCUGAUUUUGAAAUGCUUUAAUCAUGUGAUGAUUAUUUCUCCUAUUAAGAUAUUGUACAUCCUUUUUACUUACUGAUUUUGCUAUAUUACUAUAUCAGAAAUACAGUUCAACCUUGUAUUUUAUGGAACUAUGAAUACCAUGAACUUGAAACAAACAUAAAGGUCAGCAGUUCUAGAGAUGUGGUAAACAGCAUUUUAAACAGAGGAGUCACAACCCUUCCCAGAGCCUGCCUUGAUCACAUUCAUUUAUUCACUCAACACAUUUUUCUAGGGGGCCCACUACAAAUACUAAACUCUGUUCUAAGUGUCAAAACCAGAGUGUAUUCUACUCCAGCACAAAACAAGAGUGGAAAUAUAGGAAUGUCAUUUCUGUCAGGCCGACUGUGUCUAAAGAAUGACCAGCAGGAAGGUUCGCAUUCUGCUGAAGUCAGGUCUUUCCUGAGUGGGGCAGGCACCUAGGAAUGAUAGAAAAGCUUGUUCUUCUUCCCAGACACCAUUCAUCUUAGAUCUCCACUCCUGGUUAGUUUUCUGUUGCUGCUAUAACAAAUUACACAAACCUGGUGGCUAGUAACAGCAGAGAUUUAUAAUCUUCUAAUUCUAUAGGUUAAAUUAGUCUCACUGGGCUAGAGUCAGGUACUCACAGGAAUGCAUUCCUUGCAGGAAACUCUGGGAGAAGCAUUUCCUGACCUUUUCAGCUUCUAGAGGCCAUUUUCAUUCCUUAGCCUGUGGCCCUCUGUUCCCAUCUUCAAAGCCAGCAACGUAUCUUUCUGACCCUUCUUUGUCAUCACAUUUCUGUGACAACAGCCAGGAAACGUUUUCUGCUUUCAAGGACUCAUGUGACUAGAUUGGGUCCACUAGGUAAUCCAGGCUUAUCUCCUCAUAAGGUCUGUAGUAACCUUAACCAUAUCUUUAAAGUCCCUUUUGCUGUGUAAAGUAGCACAUCACAGGUAUCUUCUGGAGGCUCCAGCUAGUAGAGGCCACUGGCAUCCUCUCAUUUAUGGCUGUAUCCCUCCAGUCUCUGCUUCUGUUUUUAUGUCUUUUACUACCAAUUCUAAUUCCGCUUUUCUCUUACAAGGAUCCUUGUGAUUACAUUUCAUUUACCUAGAUAUUCUAGUAUAAUCUCAUCUCAAAAUGCUUAAUAUAAUCACAUUUGCAAAAUGCACUGAUUUGGGGAUUAAAACAUGAGCAUUUUGGAGGACCAUUCUAUUUCCACAGGUUACUUCUGCCUCAAAAAUUCACAUCCCCAAAUAAAAUCACCAUCCAGAGGUGCUCAAAAGUCUCAAACCAUUAAAGUAUUAACUUCAAAUGCAGUAUCUUAUCUGAGUCUCACCCACUGAAAAAUCCCAAAUCUCAUUUAAAUUGUCUAAAUCACGUAUGAAAAAGAACCUGGGUGUGAUUCCUGAAACAUAAUUUCUGUCCACCUGUGAACCUAGAACCAGUUAUCUUCUCCCAAAUAUGAAGGUAGGACAGGCAUAGAAUAACAGAGUUACAUUCCUGUUCAAAAAAUCAGAAAAUGGAAUAAAAUUGCUAAGUGCCAAGCAAUUUAGAAAUUCUGCCAGGCACACUCCAUUCAGUUCAGAGCCUGAGCUAGUCUUCCGUGGCUGACAGCACCAUCCGCCAGGCUUGUGGCCUUCUCUCGGAGUCCUCUUGACGCUUUCAUGAAAGGUACAUGUUUACAGCUGAGUAGUUUUGUCAACUUGUUUCUUGCCUGUGGCAUUCUGGGAGGUCUGAUCAUCUUUCAUGUCACACACCCUCUAUACCUUUUAGUUUGAGAUGGCAACGUCUGCUGGUGUAACAUUCUCAAAAAAUAUUGUGGAUCUUCUGUGUAUGUUACAGGGAUUCACCAUAGACCAGAGGCUCCCUUACAUAUUUUUCCUAGAUAAUCCCGUCUCUGUCUGACUUUUUCUGAGAUGGCUGAGAAGAUCUAUAAAUCACACUCCUAAUCUCUUCAAAGAACCUUUUGUGUGACUAAAUACUCAAGCCUUUUUUAUCUUUCUUGGGUAUUAGCGCAAGUUGUACAGCUACCCCCUUAUCUCUUUCCCUGGAGCAGACUUUCCUGAAUCUCUUCAUUUUAAUGUCUUUAGCUUUUGGAUAGGCUGAGAAUUUCCAAGUCAUCAAGUCCUGUUUUCUUUAUAUUUAACAGUUCUUCCCUCAAUUUUAUCUAUCUCCCCUUGUAUUUUACUAUAAUACACAAGAAGGAAGCAGGCUGCACUCUCUACCCUUUGCUCAGAAAUCUCUUUAGCUAAAUAUAUUAAGUUUAUCAUGACUUCAGCUUUCCUUAUAACUGCAGGACACAAUUCAGCUAAGGUUCUAGUGUGUAACUAUAAUCUCUUUUCCUUUAGUUUCUGACAGCAUGUUCCUCAUUUCUUUCUGAGCCCUCAUUGGCAGUACCUUUAAUGUCCUUACUUCUCACGACAGUUUAGAUGUUCUCCGUGGCAGUUUACCCAUUCUCUACCGUGCUCCUGACCCCCUUCAGCCCUCACUAGCAUUCACCCAGACAUCUACCAACAGUGUCCAAGGAAAUCUUGGCUUUUUCUGUCAUGCUCCUAAAAUUUCUUUCCCUCUCUACUCACUGCCCGAUUUCAAAGCCAUUUUGUAUUUGUAUUUUUAGGUGUUUGUUAUGAUAGCAUCCCACUUCCAGGGACCUAGAAACAUUCUGUGCCUACUCUCUCGCUGCCAGUUGACUUGAUGUGCCAAUAGGGGAUUUGGAGUUCACCCUUCUCAGGGGGCUCUGGUUAACUUAAGGCAGUAAAUUUACCUGUAUUAGGGUUUUAAUACUGGGAGUGCUACCAGAAAUUCCACAGAAAGAAGUGUUGAUCCAUCACCACAAAGAAAACUUUUUCUGAGUGUCAUAACAGACUAAGAUUAUUCCGGAGUCUUCCCCUCAGAAUAGAAAGCAUUUCUUUGCUCUCAUUGAAAACAACUUGCAGAAUAUAUAAAAAAUAGUUCAAAAAGUCACUCUUGGUUCAAAAAGAUGACCAGGGAUACACUACACUUUCUCAGGAGCAUAAUCGUCUUUCUGAGGAAAUGAUCUACUGAAACAAAGGAGCAUUUUAAAUAAAAGGGCAUUGCCCUGUUUUGGAUUAACAAAACGGGAUGGGUGGGGGGAAAGGGAUUAACCAAACAAACCCUGUAAAAUUAUUUGAAAUUUUAUUCUUGUAGUUUCUUUUUAUCAAUUAUGUAGAGUGCCUAGCACAUACAGAACAGCUGCCACUUUUGUAUAUAAGUCUUCCAAAAUAUAGAGAUUUGCAUUAGGAGAGAGAAUUAAACAUCCAGAAGGGAUGAACAAAACUUUUACAGGAACUGCAUAGUAUUUUGCUUCAUUUAGAGUCAUUGUCCAGGUUUUUUUUACUACUACAGUCACUGUAACUUAAAAUCUAUAUUCAUCUCAAAGAAGAUGUCACAAUGAGUGGUUAGACAACCAUGUGUGAAGUCAGUUGUUUUGCAUGACGUGUGUAAUGAAAAAGGUUUUUUAAGUGUCUACUUACCAAUAAAGAAUGUGUUCACUGAAACUCAUUGAAAA